UUCUGAAGGCUUGAGAACGUAUUCGCAAUGGAGAGAAGAACAACGUCGGAGUUGCAAGCGAUUCAUUAUUAUUGAGGACUCCGGUCACCCUGUGAUCAAACUAUUUAGUCUUCGUUAGAUGCCUUGCUCAUCAUUGAUUUCGAUGAAUCGUCCAGCAUCACCGUACGAAAUGCGCCUGGGAGCCGGAGGGAAGCUGUUAGAUGUCAAGAUAUCACUCAUCAACGUUACAUUCAAUCUCAGUGGCUACCUGACACGCGGUUUCUAUGUGUAUCUUAACCUCGCUGGCGCUUACUACACGUGCUAUCUUUCCUUCUUGAUAUCCUCCGACUCUUAGUCUGGAAGGAAUCUAGGAACCACAUCUUUGCCAUCUUUCCUGUUGUGCCUCGUUAUUCUGGGCGUGACCUUCGUGCUCUCACAAUUGAGUUAGUAGCCACCAUCUUUCAGCACCCGUCGCAGUCCUUCCAAUUCGCUUGCAAUUUGUCAAUGGCCGUGGAUGUUGCUUCAGAUGUGGUCCUGAACGUCAGCGCUCUCAGUGUGGGAGGAGCUCUGGUAUCAUGGCUCUUCUUCCAUCGGUAUCAUGUUCGAGGAGACUAUGCUGCUCUUGGAUUCUCCAUCUUCCCUCUGAUAGUGUACUUUUCAAUUCGUUUCUUGUUUUCAGAGGCUCAAGCGUCACCUCUUCUCUUGACGUUGCUCUACGUCGUUGUAUUCGCAACAUCGGUCAUUCUUCUCUCGGUUUCCUAUCGAUUUUCACCUUUCCAUCCGUUAGCCAGCUACCCGGGACCUCGAUCAUGGUGGUUUACCAACCUGCAGCUUGUUCACUUGGCUAUGUCGGGCAAACGGCAUCAAAAACUCCACCAGCUUCACAUGCAAUAUGGUCCCAUUGUAAGAGUUGGACAUAACACCCUGUCAAUUAAUUCAUUAUCCUCCCUUAACCCUUUGUAUGGGCCUACGCUUUCCAUGGAAAAAAGCGAAAUGUAUAGGCUCCCAGGACAUCAAGAUGUAAUGUGUCUAUUCUAUAAGCAAGACCUGCAUCUCCAUAACGAACGUAAACGAGUAUGGGUGAAGGGUCUAUCCGCGACAGCCACCAAAAACUAUAUUCCUUGCAUAGAGCGGCGUACUUGGGAGCUUGCUUCAUAUAUCGAACGUCAACAGGCUGGGUCGAAAGAAGGCACCGCCAAUUUGUCUGAAUGUUUCUCUCAUUGGGCGUAUGACUUAAUGGGCGAUAUCAUGUACGGAGGCUGUAACGACUAUGCACUGAUGGCGAAAGGUGACACCGAGCGUCUGGUCAUGACUGGGAAGGAAGGAAUGGUAGCCAUCGAAUGCUUUGGACAAGCGCCUUGGCUAAUGGAUAUCAUAUGGCAUGUUCCAGCCAGUGAAGCUAUGGUUAAGUAUUCCGCCAUCUCUGCAGCAAUGAUGCACAAGCGAAUCAAAUUGAAUGAUGACACAAGUAUGAGAGACCUCAGUUCUUACCUUCUGGAAGAGUCUCGGUCAGGUAAAACUAUACCACUUCCAGACCUUGAACUAGAAGCAGUCAAUGCGCUCUUCGGAGGUGGCGAUACUAUCGCAGGAACGCUCUCGAUGGUGUUUUACUAUCUUCUUUCGCAUCCGCAGUACUACAAGCAGCUUUAUGAUGUCCUGCAUACCGAGUUUCCUGACCCCAUGGAACAUCUGGAAGGCUCCAGACUUGCUGGGAUCCCGUUUCUCGGUGGCGUUAUCGACGAAGCACUGCGUCUGCAGACAGCUUUCUACUUUCCCAGAAUAGUACCCUCGGGAGGCGUCACAAUAGAUGGAUCGUUCAUUCCCGAAGGGACUGUCGUCGCUGUGGCAUCAUAUUCACAACAAAUCGACCCCACGAACUUUUACCCUGAUCCUUUGGAAUUCAGACCAGAACGAUGGUUGCCAGACGGGUUAGGACCUGAUACAAAAGCUGAUCGAAAUGCAUUACUGUCUUUUUCAACUGGACAACAUGUCUGUGUCGGGAAAGCUUUUGCCUACCAACAAUUGCAGUAUGUUAUCGCACGCUUGGUUCUAUCUUUUGAUAUGUCCUUCCCCGAGUCGUUCGAUAAAGAGGCAUUCUGCGAUGGUAUUCUCCAUAAGCGCACUGUGAUACUUGAAAAGCCGCUCCUAGUGAGGGCUACACGACGGCCUGGCGCGGAGAUUCCAGACUCGAAAUGAUUUGGUGCAUGUGUCCUCUACAAAUUCUCUGGAUGUACCAUAGCAUUUCUUAUACAUCAGUAUCUUUGUCCUUUUGGCAGCGGCUAUUCGCUUAUGGGAUUAAUUCGCA